AUCGCAAUAAAAUGUAAUCAUGUUGGUUGGGAACGUAGUUAUGUCGCGGGCGAAUUUCUGUGCAGAGAUUCGUCCUGUUGUGCAUUGAGAUAAAAACUGGAUUGAAUCUAAAAGUAUUUUACAGGGACAUUAAAUGGCGACUCCUUUCCUAUCGCUAGCAGUUGCACUGCUGGCCUUGGGUUACACGGUUGUUGCACAUAGAGAGUGUCAGCAUUAUAAAGUAUUAAACACCGCCGACCGUGCGUCAACAAGGUCCCAAGGUAACGUCCUCAAAUGUGAUCAGAAAGAGAUCCUAACCAAGGCCUGGUACCGAUUUGAAGGCGCCGCCGGGUCUGCCAUGCCUACAUCGCCCGUCCCUAUCAACAGGUGUGGUACCCACGCUCCGGGCUGGAUGGAGGGAUCACACCCAACAGUCGCAGAGGGUAUUGUCACCCGUAAAGUCUGUUAUCACUGGAGUGGUAAACCCUGCCAUUGGAACAACGCUAUUCGCGUCAGAAGCUGUGGGGGGUUUUACGUGUACGAGCUCAACAGACCGCCUGUUUGUCAUCUUCGUUACUGUGGCAACGGAGUAUCAGCCCCGUCGAAACCACUAGAAUGCCGAAGCUACAAAAAGCUCGACACAGCAGACCGUGCAGCUGGGAGACCGAGGGGUAACGUCCUCAAAUGUGAUCAGAAAGAGAUCCUAACCAAGGCCUGGUACCGAUUUGAAGGCGCCGCCGGGUCUGCCAUGCCUACAUCGCUCGUCCCUAUCAACAGAUGUGGUACCCACGCUCCGGGCUGGAUGGAGGGAUCACACCCAACAGUUGCAGAGGGUAUUGUCACCCGUAAAGUCUGUUAUCACUGGAGUGGUAAAACCUGCCAUUGGAACAACGCUAUUCGCGUCAGAAACUGUGGGGGUUUUUACGUGUACGAGCUCAACAGACCGCCUGUCUGUCAUCUUCGUUACUGUGGCAACGCGGAAUUUGAUGUGAAUGAAUGCAGCAAAAAUCCGUGCAAAAAUGGCGGAGUAUGCAAAAACGAACAUGGUGGAUACUCUUGUGCUUGCAAAGCAGGAUUCACGGGCAAAAACUGUGAACAAGAUGUGAAUGAAUGCAGCGUAAACCCGUGCAAAAAUGGCGGAGUAUGCAAAAACGAACAUGGUGGAUACUCUUGUGCUUGCAAAGCAGGAUUCACGGGCAAAAACUGUGAACAAGCCCCGUCGAAACCACUAGAAUGCCGAAGCUACAAAAAGCUCGACACAGCAGACCGUGCCGCUGGGAGACCGAGGGGUAACGUCCUCAAAUGUGAUCAGAAAGAGAUCCUAACCAAGGCCUGGUACCGAUUUGAAGGCGCCGCCGGGUCUGCCAUGCCUACAUCGCUCGUCCCUAUCAACAGAUGUGGUACCCACGCUCCGGGCUGGAUGGAGGGAUCACACCCAACAGUUGCAGAGGGUAUUGUCGUCCGUAAAGUCUGUUAUCACUGGAGUGGUAAAACCUGCCAUUGGAACAACGCUAUUCGCGUCAGAAACUGUGGGGGUUUUUACGUGUACGAGCUCAACAGACCGCCUGUCUGUCAUCUUCGUUACUGUGGCAACGCGGAAUUUGAUGUGAAUGAAUGCAGCAAAAAUCCGUGCAAAAAUGGCGGAGUAUGCAAAAACGAACAUGGUGGAUACUCUUGUGCUUGCAAAGUAGGAUUCACGGGCAAAAACUGUGAACAAGAUGUGAAUGAAUGCAGCGUAAACCCGUGCAAAAAUGGCGGAGUAUGCAAAAACGAACAUGGUGGAUACUCUUGUGCUUGCAAAGCAGGAUUCACGGGCAAAAACUGUGAACAAGAUGUGAAUGAAUGCAGCGUAAACCCGUGCAAAAAUGGCGGAGUAUGCAAAAACGAACAUGGUGGAUACUCUUGUGCUUGCAAAGCAGGAUUCACGGGCAAAAACUGUGAACAAGCCCCGUCGAAACCACGAGAAUGCCGAAGCUACAAAAAGCUCGACACAGCAGACCGUGCCGCUGGGAGACCGAGGGGUAACGUCCUCAAAUGUGAUCAGAAAGAGAUCCUAACCAAGGCCUGGUACCGAUUUGAAGGCGCCGCCGGGUCUGCCAUGCCUACAUCGCUCGUCCCUAUCAACAGAUGUGGUACCCACGCUCCGGGCUGGAUGGAGGGAUCACACCCAACAGUUGCAGAGGGUAUUGUCGUCCGUAAAGUCUGUUAUCACUGGAGUGGUAAAACCUGCCAUUGGAACAACGCUAUUCGCGUCAGAAACUGUGGGGGGUUUUACGUGUACGAGCUCAACAGACCGCCUGUCUGUCAUCUUCGUUACUGUGGCAACGCGGAAUUUGAUGUGAAUGAAUGCAGCAUAAACCCGUGCAAAAAUGGCGGUGUAUGCAAAAACGAACAUGGUGGAUACUCUUGUGCUUGCAAAGCAGGAUUCACGGGCAAAAACUGUGAACAAGAUGUGAAUGAAUGCAGCGUAAACCCGUGCAAAAAUGGCGGAGUAUGCAAAAACGAACAUGGUGGAUACUCUUGUGCUUGCAAAGCAGGAUUCACGGGCAAAAACUGUGAACAAGCCCCGUCGAAACCACGAGAAUGCCGAAGCUACAAAAAGCUCGACACAGCAGACCGUGCCGCUGGGAGACCGAGGGGUAACGUCCUCAAAUGUGAUCAGAAAGAGAUCCUAACCAAGGCCUGGUACCGAUUUGAAGGCGCCGCCGGGUCUGCCAUGCCUACAUCGCUCGUCCCUAUCAACAGAUGUGGUACCCACGCUCCGGGCUGGAUGGAGGGAUCACACCCAACAGUUGCAGAGGGUAUUGUCGUCCGUAAAGUCUGUUAUCACUGGAGUGGUAAAACCUGCCAUUGGAACAACGCUAUUCGCGUCAGAAACUGUGGGGGGUUUUACGUGUACGAGCUCAACAGACCGCCUGUCUGUCAUCUUCGUUACUGUGGCAACGCGGAAUUUGAUGUGAAUGAAUGCAGCAUAAACCCGUGCAAAAAUGGCGGUGUAUGCAAAAACGAACAUGGUGGAUACUCUUGUGCUUGCAAAGCAGGAUUCACGGGCAAAAACUGUGAACAAGAUGUGAAUGAAUGCAGCGUAAACCCGUGCAAAAAUGGCGGAGUAUGCAAAAACGAACAUGGUGGAUACUCUUGUGCUUGCAAAGCAGGAUUCACGGGCAAAAACUGUGAACAAGCCCCGUCGAAACCACUAGAAUGCCGAAGCUACAAAAAGCUCGACACAGCAGACCGUGCAGCUGGGAGACCGAGGGGUAACGUCCUCAAAUGUGAUCAGAAAGAGAUCCUAACCAAGGCCUGGUACCGAUUUGAAGGCGCCGCCGGGUCUGCCAUGCCUACAUCGCUCGUCCCUAUCAACAGAUGUGGUACCCACGCCCCGGGCUGGAUGGAGGGAUCACACCCAACAGUUGCAGAGGGUAUUGUCACCCGUAAAGUCUGUUAUCACUGGAGUGGUAAAACCUGCCAUUGGAACAACGCUAUUCGCGUCAGAAACUGUGGGGGGUUUUACGUGUACGAGCUCAACAGACCGCCUGUCUGUCAUCUUCGUUACUGUGGCAACGCGGAAUUUGAAACAUGCAGUUCUAAACCGUGUAAGAAUGGAGGAACUUGUCGUGAGGUCAAUGGAGCAUAUAGUUGCACGUGCAAGAGUGGAUUUACUGGGAAAAACUGCGAACAAGAUGUGAAUGAAUGCAGCAAAAACCCGUGCAAAAAUGGCGGAGUGUGCAAAAACGAACAUGGUGGAUACUCUUGUGCUUGCAAAGUAGGAUUUACGGGCAAAAUCUGUGAACAAGAUGUGAACGAAUGCAGCGAAAACCCGUGCAAAAAUGGCGGAGUGUGCAAAAACGAACAUGGUGGAUACUCUUGUGCUUGCAAAGCAGGAUUCACGGGCAAAAACUGUGAACAAGAUGUAAAUGAAUGCAGCGAAAACCCGUGCAAAAAUGGCGGAGUAUGCAAAAACGAACAUGGCGGAUACUCUUGCGCUUGCAAAGCAGGAUUUACGGGCAAAAACUGCGAACAAGAUGUGAAUGAAUGCAGCAAAAAUCCGUGCCAAAAUGGCGGAGUAUGCAAAAACGAACAUGGCGGAUACUCUUGCGCUUGCAAAGCAGGAUUCACGGGCAAAAUCUGCGAACAAGAUGUGAAUGAAUGCAACAAAAAUCCGUGCCAAAAUGGCGGAGUAUGCAAAAACGAACAUGGGGGAUACUCUUGCACUUGCAAAGCAGGAUUCACGGGCAAAAACUGCGAACAAGAUGUGAAUGAAUGUAGCAAAAACCCGUGCAAAAAUGGCGGAGUAUGCAAAAACGAACAUGGUGGAUACUCUUGUGCUUGCAAAGCAGGAUUCACGGGCAAAAUCUGCGAACAAGAUGUGAACGAAUGCAGCGAAAACCCGUGCAAAAAUGGCGGAGUGUGCAAAAACGAACAUGGUGGAUACUCUUGUGCUUGCAAAGCAGGAUUCACGGGCAAAAACUGUGAACAAGAUGUGAAUGAAUGCAGCGAAAACCCGUGCAAAAAUGGCGGAGUAUGCAAAAACGAACAUGGCGGAUACUCUUGCGCUUGCAAAGCAGGAUUUAUGGGCAAAAACUGCGAACAAGAUGUGAAUGAAUGCAGCAAAAAUCCGUGCCAAAAUGGCGGAGUAUGCAAAAACGAACAUGGCGGAUACUCUUGCGCUUGCAAAGCAGGAUUCACGGGCAAAAACUGUGAACAAGAUGUGAAUGAAUGUAGCAAAAACCCGUGCAAAAAUGACGGAGUAUGCAAAAACGAACAUGGCGGAUACUCUUGCGCUUGCAAAGCAGGAUUCACGGGCAAAAACUGCGAACAAGAUAUGAAUGAAUGCAGCAAAAAUCCGUGCCAAAAUGGCGGAGUAUGCAAAAACAAACAUGGUGGAUACUCUUGCGCUUGCAAAGCAGGAUUCACGGGCAAAAACUGCGAACAAGAUGUAAAUGAAUGCAGCAAAUAUCCGUGCCAAAAUGGCGGGGUAUGCAAAAACGAACAUGGCGGAUACUCUUGCGCUUGCAAAGCAGAAUUCACUGGCAAAAACUGCGAACAAGAUGUGAAUGAAUGCAGCAAAAACCCGUGCAAAAAUGGCGGAGUAUGCAAAAACGAACAUGGGGGAUACUCUUGCACUUGCAAAGCAGGAUUCACGGGCAAAACCUGCGAACAAGAUGUGAAUGAAUGCAGCAAAAACCCGUGCAAAAAUGGCGGAGUAUGCAAAAACGAACAUGGCGGAUACUCUUGCGCUUGCAAAGCAGAAUUCACGGGCAAAAACUGCGAACAAGAUGUGAAUGAAUGCAGCAAAAACCCGUGCAAAAAUGGCGGAGUAUGCAAAAACGAACAUGGCGGAUACUCUUGCACUUGCAAAGCAGGAUUUACGGGCAAAAUCUGUGAACAAGAUGUGAAUGAAUGCAGCAAAAACCCGUGCAAAAAUGGCGGAGUAUGCAAAAACGAACAUGGUGGACACUCUUGCACCUGCAAAGCAGGAUUUACGGGCAAAAACUGUGAACAAGAUGUAAAUGAAUGCAGCAAAAACCCGUGCAAAAAUGGCGGAGUAUGCAAAAACGAACAUGGCGGAUACUCUUGCACUUGCAAGGCGGGAUUUACGGGCAAGAACUGCGAACAAGAUGUGAAUGAAUGCAGCACAAAUCCGUGCCAAAAUGGCGGAGUAUGCAAAAACGAACAUGGCGGAUACUCUUGCGUUUGUAAGGCAGGUUUUACGGGAAAAAACUGCGAACAGGAUGUUGACGAAUGUGCCGGCGUCAACCCGUGUCAUCAUGGCGGAGUCUGCUCUAACAGCCAUGGAGGAUACAGUUGUAAAUGCGCGUCCGGGUACACCGGAAAGAACUGCGAACAAGAUAAAAAUGAGUGUAAGGUGAAUCCAUGCUUGAAUAAUGGCAAGUGUAUCAACACUCCGGGAAGCUACAAGUGCAACUGCAUCGAUGAGUACACCGGGAAACAUUGUGAAACGGAACCUCAAGAACCGGGAGCACCCAAGUACAAGGAGCUUGGAUGCUACAAGGACAACGGCAACGACAAAAACAAGCCGAGACGAACUAUCCCUGAAAUGAUUGCAAAUUUUAGACCACAAAUCGACUGGCAUGACAUGAGCAAGACUGUUAACGAAUGUGCUAAACACGCCAAAGAAAAAGGGUACGAGAUUUUCGGAGUUCAAUUCUACGGUGAAUGCUACAGUGGUCCUACUGCUGAGAUAGACUAUGAACGAGAUGGCAAGGCGGAAAGGGGAAAGUGCUGGGCCGGUGUAGGGGGUCCUAGCACUAACAUGGUAUACAGGAUUGAAUAAGCAAGCUAUCGACAUGUCCCCAAAACGGCAAGAAUCCUUUCAAGUAGAAAAAAGUUAGAACUUGUAAUCUGAUUAUAAUUUGAGCUAUGAAUAAAAAUAUAAUUUAACCAA